GGACAGUUGGCCAACCAGAUAACCGGAAAAGAGAAAGCCAACCAAAUUGAAAAUAUAAAAAGCUCCACCAUUCCCUCCCUUUGCUUAUCCUUCCAUUCAUCUUCUUCUUCAAUUCCUCCCUGCAACUACCACUCAUGGAUCCUUACAAGAACCGGCCAUCAAGUGCCUUCAACUCCCCUUUCUUCACCACCAAUUCCGGGGCCCCGGUGUGGAACAACAACAAUUCCCUAACCGUUGGGUCUAGAGGUCCGAUACUGCUGGAAGACUACCAUUUGGUGGAGAAGCUUUCGAAUUUCGACAGGGAACGCAUCCCGGAGCGUGUGGUGCACGCACGGGGAGCUAGCGCCAAAGGCUUCUUUGAAGUGACCCAUGACAUAACUCACCUUACCUGCGCCGACUUCCUACGCGCCCCCGGCGUCCAGACGCCCAUCAUCCUCCGCUUCUCCACCGUCAUUCAUGAGAGGGGCAGCCCUGAAACCCUCAGAGACCCUCGUGGUUUUGCUGUCAAAUUCUACACUAGAGAGGGAAACUUUGACAUGGUGGGAAACAAUUUUCCGGUGUUCUUCAUCCGCGACGGGAUGAAGUUCCCGGACAUGGUUCACGCGCUGAAGCCCAACCCCAAAUCCCACAUCCAAGAAAACUGGAGAAUCCUGGACUUCUUCUCCCACCACCCAGAAAGCCUCCACAUGUUCACUUUCCUGUUCGACGACAUCGGCAUUCCUCAGGACUACCGCCACAUGGACGGCUCCGGCGUCAACACCUACACUCUCAUCAACAAGGCCGGCAAGUCCCACUACGUCAAGUUCCACUGGAAACCCACCUGCGGCGUCAAGUCCUUGCUCGAAGACGAAGCCAUCAAGGUGGGCGGCGCGAACCACAGCCACGCCACACAGGAUCUGUACGACUCCAUCGCCGCUGGGAACUACCCGGAGUGGAAGCUUUUCAUUCAGACCAUCGACCCUGACAUCGAAGACAGCUUCGAUUUCGACCCGCUUGACGUGACGAAGACGUGGCCGGAGGAUCUGGUGCCGAUGCAGCCGGUGGGUCGCCUGGUUUUGAACAAGAACAUCGACAAUUUCUUCAACGAGAACGAGCAGCUGGCGUUUUGCCCGUCGAUUGUGGUGCCCGGAAUCUAUUAUUCCGACGAUAAGCUGCUGCAGACCCGGAUUUUCUCCUACUCUGAUACUCAGAGGUACCGGCUCGGUCCCAACUAUCUGCAGCUGCCGGCGAAUGCUCCCAAGUGUUCCAUGCACAACAAUCACUAUGAUGGGUCCAUGAAUUUCAUGCACAGAGACGAAGAGAUUGAUUACUUCCCUUCGAGGUAUGAUCCUGUGAGGCACGCUGAGAGGUACCCAAUUCCUGCUGCAGUCUGCACUGGCAAACGUGAGAAGCGUGUGAUUGAGAAGGAGAACAAUUUCAAGCAACCUGGGGAGAGAUACCGUUCAUUCUCACCAGACAGGCAGGAGAGGUUUAUCUGCCGCUGGGUUGAUGCCUUGUCUGAUCCAAGAAUUACCUAUGAGAUUCGCAGUAUUUGGAUCUCAUACUGGUCUCAGGCUGAUAAAUCCUUGGGACAGAAGAUUGCUUCCAGGCUGAACAUGAGGCCAAACAUGUGAAGCUGUUGAAGGGGUUGAUCUCUUCUGAUUCUUGAUUUUAGCUGCUAGCUUGUCUGUCUGUAAUCCAGGCCGUCCAUCACAUUACAAGGACACAUACAUAUAUUUUUGGGUUUUCUUUUUUGCUUGAAUACAAUGUCCGAUGAUGAUAUGAUGUUGAGUUUUGUGUAAUAAGAGUGUUGAAUUGUAAUAUGGAAGUCCCCACUGCAAACAUAUAUACACCUUUCUUCUGCAGUUUUUCUUUCAAUAUUUCUCCAAGAAAGAAGUUUGUUACAA